AUGACUAACACAUUAAUUAUGCUUGUGAGCCUGGUGGUUCUUCUCAGAAUGUUUAUAAAUGGAAAGACAACAUGUAAAUGGCACUUGGUGGAAGAAUGGCGUACACAGCCCUCAACAUAUGUGGUGAAUUGGACACUAACAGAAAAUAUCUGCCUGGAGUUCUACGGAGAUGUAAAUACUAAAAUGAAUACUUCUGGCAAUCAGGUUGUUCCCCAGAUUUGCCCUUUGCAAAUUCAAUUAGGAGACAUCCUUGUAAUUUCUUCUGAACCAUCUCUUCAAUAUCCAGAAAUAAAUGUGAUGAAUGUUUCUGAAGGGUCAUUCAUUGACUGUUUGCAAAAUACCACAGAUGAAGAUCAGUUACUUUUUAGUUGCAAACUAAAAGGAAUGCACACUGUUAAUUCUCAGUGGCUCAGUAUUGGGACACAUUAUUUUAUCACAGUAAUGCCAAGUGGUCCAUCCCUUUGUCAACUGGGACUUCGACUAAAUGUGACAGUGAAAGAGCAGUUCUGCCAGGGCUAUCUGAGUUCGGAGCUUUGCUCUGGGCAUGGUAGAUGUCUUACUGAAGUUUGGAGCAAGACAUACAGCUGCCAUUGCCAGCCUCCAUUCUCUGGGAAAUACUGCCGGGAGCUUGAUGCAUGUGGUUGUAAACCAUGUAAAAAUAAUGGCAGUUGCAUUAAUAAAAGAGAAAAAUGGAAUAAGCGAGGAUAUGAAUAUAUCUGUCACCCACCAUUUACAGGCAUAAAUUGUUCAGAAAUAAUUGGCCAGUGUCAACCACAUAUCUAUUUCCAUGGGAACUGCAGAAAUAUUACUGAAAACAGUUUCAUUUGUGAAUGUGAGGAACCAUUUUCAGGUCCAUUCUGUGAGGAGUCAAUGGAACAUUGUGCUUCUCAGUCUUGUUGGAAAGGAGUAAUUAGUCAAAAUAGAAACUCAGCUUACAUUUGGAAAUGCCCAAGAGGAUUUCUCAAUCAAAACUCUGAAACCGACAUCAGUGAGUGUUCACCAAAACCAUGUCAGAAUGGUACUGACUGCAUCAGUAUUCCAGAGGAUAUCAUGUGCAUGUGUUCAAUGAUAUUCACAGGCAUGCUUUGUAAGCAACUUCAAACACCACAGGAGUCUUUUCCUUGCAAGACUAAUGCCACAAGUGUGAAAUAUGAGAAAGAUUAUCAUUGCAGUCAUAUGCCAGGAUUUACUGGAAAAAACUGUGAGAAAGUAAUUGACCGCUGCAGACUGUUCACCAUCAACUGUCUGAAUGAAGGAUGGUGUUUUAAUAUAAUUGGAAGAUUCAGAUAUAUAUGCAUGCCAGUGUGCACACAAAAUUCAUGUUGGUUUGUGAAGAACACUUACUUAGUUCAUCUGUUCACCUGCUACUGGGGAGCCAUCAGCCAUGCUAUUUGCCCAGCUGAAGUUGCUAAUCCUCCUCACUUUAAGUGUGUGUGGCAAUUGAAAUUUACAGGAUCUGAAGGGGAAAAUCAUGAAGUGGUUGCUGGUGGGUACUUCUUUCUCAUUCCCAACUGCACUGAAGGUGCCGUCAGUCUGAACCAAUCUGAAGCCCUUGGUCAUGUAUGUUGGUUCCUACGUGAAGGAACAAGCAAGAUGUGUGCAAAUGGAUGUAGCCAUUUAACUAAAGAAGACAAUAAGGGCUAUUGGUGCCUACAUAUUCCCACACAGCUUUGCAAAAUGUGUCUGGAAAACACAACUGACUAUGAAGAAAGUAGGUGUCAACAAGAAGCUAUGUAUGAAGAUGAGAUUAAUUUAUCCAGAUGCAGCUGUUCUCUUGGUCACAUAUUUAGAGUCUGUAUUCUCAAUGUUGAUGAUUACUUAGGAAACCAGAGUACAUCAGUGCACAGCCUCUGCCUGGUCCAUUUGCACACCUGCAAUUGUAGCUGUCUGCAAAGAUAUGAAAGACACAUCUGUGAAAUUGAAACCGCAGAAGGUAAAUCUGUGCGCUGCAAAAGUGGAACAACAGGUACACAUUUAAGUGGCUAUUCCUUUGGCAAAUAUGUCCCAGCAUUUACAGACAACGUCCAUGCAAAGUGGAGAACAAUUGUUUUAAGGCCAAGGGGAAAGGUGAAAGUCUCGGAAAUAGAGAACAUGGGAUUUUCUUCUCAGCGGAAAACAGAUCUCAGGGAGCACCCUGGAAGUGUUUGGUGCCCUACGUUGACUGUGGUAUCUGAGGAGUAUGGGGUGUCUGUCUGGGUGACCAACAACCGAAAGUACCAUGUGACAACUGCACCUUAUAAAGAACGUUUAGCCCUGGGGGACACACUUCAGGAUGUUAUUGAUUCACUGUAUGAAAUAGCUGUAGAAGAGUAUAUGUCCCAUCCCUGUGAGAAUGCAGCCACCUGCACUGACCAGUUGAAGAAGAGAAAACAGACACACAGGGGAGAAGGCCCUGUGAUGACAGAGAAAGAGAUUAGAGGGAUGCAGACACAAGCCAAGGAUGCCAGUGAUUACCAGCAACCACCAAAGCCAGAGAAGAAGGAUCCUCCACCAGUGCCUUUAGAAAGAGCAGAGCCAGCUCACAGCUUGAUUUCAGACUUCUGGUCUCCAGAAGUACGGAAAAUAUGUGACAUCUGCAGUCUUGUUUGCAGCCCAUCCUUCCAUGCACAAGUGCCUUACUUGGUCGACAGCUUCUCCUGUUUAUGCAGUCUGGGCUCUGCUGGUCUAAGAUGGAAACAGGACAUUGAUGACUGUAUCCAGAAUGCCCAUGAGAACAAUUCUACCUGCAAAGAUCUGCAUCUCAACUACCAAUGUGUGUGCCUUUCUGGUUGGGAAGGAAAUUUUUGUGUACAAGAAUCCAAUGACUGCAGAAAGAAUCCCUGUAAGAACAAUUCCACAUGUACUGACCUUGACACUGGCUAUCGCUGUGAAUGUACACCUGGAUGGACUGGACAAAACUGUAGUGAAGAAAUAAAUGAAUGUGACUCUGACCCAUGCAUGAACGGAGGUCUUUGUCAUGAAUCUUCCAUCCCUGGGCAAUUUGUAUGCCUGUGCCCACCCUUUUAUGCUGGAAAGUUCUGCCAUCAACACUCUGACCCCUGCGAUCCACUUAGUGACCUGUGCCAAAACAACUCGACAUGCUUGAUUGUGGUAGAUGGACAUCAUUAUUGCAUUUGCAGAGAAGGAUUUAAAGGUGAACACUGUGAAAUUAACAUGAAGGAGUGCUUCUCCCUUCAUUGUCGAAAUUGUGGUGACUGUAAAGAUGGGGUCAACCAUUUCAGGAGUGUUUACAGACCUGGGUUUUCUGGACCUCUCUGUGAAACUAAUGAGUGUUCCUCUAAACCUUGCACAAAUAAUGGAAUCUCUAUGGAGCUGCCAAAUAGAUUUUUCUGUAAUUGUGAACCUGGGUAUCAUGGAUCUUUUUGUGAACUGGAUGUAAAUAAAUGUGAAAUCUCACCUUGUCCUGAUGGAGAAAAUUGUAUCAAUAGAACAGGCGGAUACACCUGCCUCUGCGUUCCUGGUUGUUCAGGCACCGAUUGUGAAGCAAACACAGAUGAAUGUCUAUCAAAAGCCUGUCUCCUUGACGGAACUUGUAUCGAUGGCUUCACUCAGUUCACCUGUGACUGCAGGGGUGGGUUUCUCAGAACACACUGUGAUGCAAAGGCAAAUGACAGUCUCUCACAUCCUUGUCUACAUGGCAGAUGCAUAGGUUUCAUUAAGUAUCAAUGUUCCUGCAAUGCAGAAUGGACCAGCUCAAGAUGUGAGAUAAAGAUUAAUAACUGCACAUCCAUCCUUUGUAUGAAUGAAGACUUCUGCCAGAAGGCAGUCCACGGCUUUACUUGCAUUUGCCCAAAUGGUACCUGUUGUGAAGUAAAUGGUAGCAGUUGUGCUGAGCCUGAACUGAAUGUGAUCCUCUGCCUCAGUGAAAGGAUUUAUGUUGAUGGACUCGGACACACUUUUUAUUGCAGAUGUCUCCCUGGAUUUUCUGGGAAAUGGUGUGAAAUUAACAUAAGUGAAUGUUCACCACCAUGUCUAAAUGGUGCAGACUGUGAGGAGCGCAUCAAUGGAUAUAUUUGCAAAUGUCAACAAGGAAGGUCAGGACAUGCCUGUGAGAAGGAUCUUGAUGAGUGCCUUUCCAACUUACGUGUUCAUGGAAUGUGUAUAGGAAAUGAACCUGGUGGUGGCUUGCCUCAUUUAGGUACACCUGGAUUUGAGAACUGCUCCAUGGGGCUUCGCUGUGGUAAUGAGAUAAGGAGAAUCACCUGUUUGUCUCCCUGCUCUGGAGGAACAGAGGCCACUUCCACACGAACACACACAGCACCCACUUCAGGGACUUCAGUCAGUAGCUUCCUGCCUGCCAGGGUCACCCGGCUGUGGGCCAUAGUGAACCCUUCUCCAGUUGGUCAAGGUCCAAAACAGACAGACUUUUUCCAGCAUGAGGUUCUCCCAACCACUGAUUUGGCAGCCUUACAUAUUGGCACAUCCUUUGAAAGCUGUUUACGCCAAGAACUGAUUUCCACUAGAGAGCUUUCAGCAGAAUCCAGUCUUCCUUCUUCCGCAGAUGUCUCCUCUUCCCAGGUUCUGAACUUUGGUGCUCGUGACCCAGCACAAAUUGUCGGGGGCAAAACAUCUGCAUCGCAUAUGCCCAUCCAAACUCCAGCGGGGUCAGAGGAACUCUUUUUCCGAGAUAGGGGAGAGAGCACCGCGUCUAUCAUCUCUUCCUUAAUUACUGAUUUUAUUUUUCCUACACAAUCUUUAUUAUCUGAGCGCUCCCAGACUGUUGCCUUGUCUGCUGCCACAGUGAGCUCGGUAAUUAGUGGCGUUCCAGGGGCUGAUAUUAAGUUAAACAGACACUCAUCUCUCUCCCGUGGAUUCCAGCUCGCAAGUGCUUCCACGAGUGCACCUCCAGUAGUCUCUCGUGGGGCUCAAGAGGAUAUUGAAGAAUAUUCAGCUGUUUCGUUAAUUUCAAAAAGAGAGUCCUGGAGACCGCUGAGCUCCUGGAUGUCUCCCAUUUUUCCUGCUCAGAUAAUUAUAUCCAAACAGGUAGCCGUCUUGAACUCAUCAACUCCGCACCGAUUCACCAAGCAAGCCUCGGUUCCCAGUAAAGAUCAGGCUAUUACCGAAGCAUUCAGCGACCAGAGACUCACAAACAUCAAACCACAGGCUGCUGAUUCUUUAAGUGAAUUAAGCCAAACAUGCGCAACAUGUUCUAUGACUGAAAUAAAAUCCUCUCACGAAUUCUCAGAUCAAGUUUUGCAUAGCAAACAGUCCCAGUUUUACGAGACGUUCUGGAUGAACUCAGCGAUAUUAGCCAGCUGGUUUGCACUAAUGGGAACUCGAAUGAUCACUUCUGGGCAUUCUUUUCCUUCCACUGCUGAAAUCACACCAUCAGUGGCAAUCACAGAACUGUCAUCUUUAUUUCCUUCUGAAAAAAGUACAGAAAGAAGAAUUUUAGUCUCACCGGUAGAGGAAUGCAUUACCCUAUCAAGUAAUUUGGAUGUUAAUUUACGUUUGGAUAAGAUGUGCUCAUCCGUUAUCCCUUCACAAACUGUCCCUUCAGACCUGAUGAAUUCUGAUUUCAUUUCAAAGCUGACUACUGAUGAUCCUUCAGUAUCAGAAAACAUUUUAAAACUAUUGAAAAUAGGACACUGUGGUUUAACUGUGGGUCCCACUGACAUGCUAAAUGAAGACAAACUACUGGGCUUGAGAGAGCGUGAAUGGUCUUAUACACAGUUCAAACCUCAUGCAAGAAGUGAUGCUUCUCUAGAUUUUGAAUUAAACUUACAAAGUCGUCCAGAAACUAUACUUUCGAGUGACCUCAAGAGCAGCCUGCCACCACACGUAGACUCCACACCUGAUUUUUCAGAAGUAACCCCUACUGUCUCAUUUUCUACAGUUUCAGCAACGCAGUCACUUCCAAUGCAGACCUCUGUCCCCAUGUCUGUAUUUAUGCCAGAUUGGACAUAUUACACAGAUUAUCUGACCUUACCAUCUGAUUUGAAAGAAGCGUUCAGAACUUCUUCAGAAUGGUCCAAAUGGGAGCUGCAGCCUAGUGGGCGUGGCCUGGAAUCUCCGGCAGCAGGUCAGAGGGUUUCCAUCACUGGAUCUCGAUCUCUUGCCUGGUCUUCCCUGGGGCCCAUUCCGGCACCUCCUCAGCUGAUGAUUUCUGAUAUCAGUUGUGUUUGUUAUUAUGGAGAUUCCUAUCUAGAAUUUCGGAAUGUGUUUUUAAAUCCACAAAAUAACAUCUCCCUAGAAUUUCAGACCUCCAAUGCCGAUGGACUCCUGCUCUACAUCAAGCAAGACUCAGUAGACGAAUUUUUUAUUCAAUUAUUUAUUGAAAAUGGUACUUUAAAGUACCACUUUUACUGUGCUGGUGAAACACAAUUGCAAAGCAUUAACACUACUAUUAAAGUGGAUGAUGGACAAAGGCAUACACUGCUUAUCAGGCAAGAAUUGGACCCAUGUAAAGCUGACCUCACUCUUCUAGGGAGGACUAUGAAAGCAAGUUCAUCUAUCGGUUUCACACCUGGAAAACCCCUGCCUGCUUCAGGGUCUGUCUUUAUUGGUGGAGUUCCAGAACUUCAUGGAACAAACCAGAUUUCUGGACCAGUUGAGAAUUUUACUGGCUGCAUAGAAGUUAUAGAAAUCAAUAAAUGGGGAUCUUUCAUCCCAUCCAAGGCAGUGAAAAAAAUUCACAUUGACAGGUGCAGAUCCCAGGAGUCUACUCCGUCCUCAACAUCCCUGUCUGUCGCUCCUCCUGGGGCCGUGGGAGGGGCCUCGCUGGCCCCCCGUGCGGGGCCAGCCACAUGCCGGCUCCCCGUGUGUCACAACGGGGGCACCUGCCACACUGUCCUCCUCCCUGGGGGAGCCUUCUCCUUCCAGUGCGACUGUCCGCUGCAUUUCGCUGGCCGCUUCUGCGAACAAGAUGCAGGUUUAUAUUUUCCAUCUUUCAAUGGGAAUUCCUACUUAGAACUGCCUUUUUUUACAACCCUGGAGAAGGAACGUAACAGAAUUGUUACCAUCUACUUGACUAUAAAAACAAACGCUUUGAAUGGAACUAUUCUCUACAGUAAUGAGAAGAAUUUUGGCCAACAGUUCCUUCACUUAUUUCUCAUGGAAGGAAGGCCCACAGUUAAAUACGGAUGUGGAAGUUCCCAAAAUAUCUUGACUCUUUCUGCUAAUUACAGCAUUAACAGAAAUGUGUUCAUCCCUGUCACAAUACGCUACACAAUGCCUGCUGGCAGCCCUGGGCUUGUUUGUAUGAUUGAAAUGGCUGCAGAUGGAAAACCUCCAAUACGGAAAAAUGACACGGAGAUACCUCAUGUGUCCCAGGGAUAUUUUGAAAAAAUGUUUCUUGGCCACAUCCCUGCAAAUGUUGAGAUUCCUAAGAACACAGGCCACAUUUAUGGGUUCAAGGGAUGCAUUCAAGAGCUUCAGGUAAACAACAAAGAAUUCUUCCUCAUCGACGAAGCCCUGCACGGGAAGAACAUUGAGAACUGCCACCUCCCCCGGUGCCAGCAUCCUCUGUGCCGCAACAACGGUACCUGCGUCAGUGACAGUGAAACUUGGUUUUGUGAGUGUCCAAGGCUGUACUCGGGGAAGCUGUGCCAGUUUGCAACUUGUGAAAACAACCCGUGCAGAAAUGGUGCCACCUGCGUCCCUAGAUCCGGGACAGACACUGUCUGCCUCUGCCCGUACGGGAGGUCUGGACUCCUCUGCACUGAAGCCGUUCGCAUCACUCGGCCCAGGCUCGGCGGGAUGGACACCUUUGGCUACACCUCCUUCCUGGCCUAUUCACGCAUUCCAGAUAUCAGCUUUGAUUACGAGUUCCACCUGAAGUUUCAGCUGGAGAACAACCACUCCGCAGUGCGAGACAACUUGAUAUUUUUCACUGGACAGAAGGGCCGUGGGCUGAGUGGCGAUGACUUCCUGGCCGUGGGUCUGCGUGGCGGGCGCAUGGUUCACAGUUACAACCUGGGCUCUGGCACGGCAACAGUCAGCAGCGAUCCCCUCGACCUGAGCCGCAGGAUCCACACCGUGCAUCUGGGGAGGUCCUUCCGGACGGGCUGGCUGAAGGUAGACGAUCAGCAAAAUAAAUCCAUCAUCUCCCCAGGAAAACUGGUUGGUCUCAAUGUCUUCAGUCAGUUUUACGUAGGUGGCUAUAGUGAAUACACUCCAGAUCUCCUGCCAGACGGAGCUGAUUUUAAAAAUGGCUUUCAAGGUUGUAUUUUUACUCUUCAAGUCCGCACCAGGAAGAGUGGCCAUUUCAGAAGCCUGGGGACGCCUGAGGGCCACCCCAAUGCUGGGCGCAGUGUUGGCCAGUGUGACGCAUCUCCCUGUCUCUUGAUGAAAUGUGGCAAUGGUGGCACAUGUGUGGAGCGUGGGUCGACCAUUUACUGUAACUGUCCUAGUGGGUGGAAAGGAGCCUUCUGCACGGAGACAGUUUCCACCUGUGACCCUGAGCAUGUCCCUCCACACCACUGCAGCAAAGGGGCAACUUGUGUCCCAUUGCCUCAUGGAUACACCUGUCACUGUCCCCUGGGAACCACCGGAGUCUACUGUGAACAAGCUUUGUCUAUAAGUGAUCCAUCUUUCAAAAGCUGCGAAUUAUCCUGGAUGUCUUUUGCUUCCUUUCCUGUUCGAAAAAAGACACACAUUCAACUGCAGUUCCAGCCUCUUACUGCAGAUGGAAUCCUGUUCUAUGUUGCACAGCACUUGAGAGCACAGUCAGGUGAUUUUUUAUGCAUCUCUUUAGUAAAUGGUUUUGUUCAACUCCGCUACAAUCUUGGUGACAGAACUAUCGUUCUAGAAACUCUCCAAAAAGUAACUACUAAUAAAAGUACUUGGCAUGUGAUUAAAGCAGGACGAGAUGGUGCAGAAAGCUACCUGGAUUUGGAUGGGAUAAAUGUAACAGAAACAGCCAAUGCUAAAAUGAGCUCCCUGGACACAAAUACUGACUUCUACAUUGGAGGAGUGUCAUCCUUAAGUCUGGUAAAUCCCAUGGCAACAGCGAAUGAACCUGUCGGUUUUCAAGGUUGUGUCCGAGAAGUUAUUGUAAACAAUCAAGAAUUACAAUUGACUGAAUUAGGAGCAAAAGGUGGUUCAAACAUAGGUGACUGUGAUGGGACAGCCUGUGGGUACAAUGUGUGUAAAAAUCGGGGCGAAUGUAUAGUUAACGGCACAACUUUCUCCUGCAGCUGCUUGCCACACUGGGCCGGAAAUACAUGUGACCAGUCUGUGAACUGUGUGAACAACCUUUGCCUCCACCAAUCUCUAUGUAUACCUGACCAGUCAUUUUCUUACAGUUGUUUGUGUGCUUUGGGUUGGGGGGGAAGAUAUUGUGAAAACAGUAUUUCAUUUUCAACUGCAAAAUUUAUGGGUAAUUCUUACAUUAAAUACAUUGAUCCAGAUUUCAGAAUGAGAAAUCCUCAGUUUACUACUAUAUCCUUAAAUUUCAGUACUGCUGAAACAGAAGGUUUAAUUGCAUGGAUAGGAGAAGCUCACAAUGAAGAGAAUGACUUCCUGGCAAUUGGUCUCCAUCAUCAGGCCCUGAAAAUAGCAGUUAGCUUAGGAGAAAGCAUCUCUGUACCUAUGAUUUACAGCAAUGGUAACUUCUGCUGUGAUAAAUGGAACCAUUUAAUUGUAAUGCAAAAUCAGACUCUUAUUAAGGCCUACCUAGAUGGCAGUCUAAUUGUCUAUGAGGAUAUUGACCCACACAAAAAAUUUGUGGCUCUAAACUAUGACGGUAUUUGUUAUCUAGGCGGCUUUGAAUAUGGUCGGAAGGUAAAUAUUGUUACUCAAGAGAUUUUUAAAAGAAGUUUUGUUGGCAAAAUUAAAGAUGUAUUUUUUCAGGAUUCAAAAAAAAUUGAGUUAAUUAAAUCAGAAGGAUACAAUAUUCAUAGUGGUGAUGAAUAA